AUGACUGGACGUGGCAAAGGAGGAAAGGGUCUCGGCAAGGGUGGUGCCAAGCGUCACCGUAAGAUUUUGCGUGACAACAUCCAGGGUAUAACCAAACCCGCCAUCCGCCGUCUCGCCCGCCGUGGUGGUGUCAAGCGUAUCUCCGCCAUGAUCUACGAGGAGACCCGUGGUGUUUUGAAGUCCUUCCUCGAGUCGGUCAUCCGUGAUGCCGUCACCUACACCGAACACGCCAAGCGCAAGACCGUCACCUCGCUGGACGUUGUGUACGCCCUCAAGCGCCAGGGCCGUACCCUCUACGGUUUUGGUGGUUAA